UACCAGCAUCUCGCAUCCAAGCCCCUCCAAAGUUUGGUUGGUAGCUUACAGCGAGAACAUCCGACCUGGUGUUCCUCUGAGCUGCACCAUGGCCCUCCCUCUGCCAUUCAUGACAAGCGGCCCUGCAAGUUCCACCAAACUGGAGAGGUUUCAGGUAUCACCAUCUUCUCCUGCAGAGAGGAUCCGAUGCUCUAGCUUUGCUGCUCAAACCAGAAACAUCCAUAUCGAUCGAAAGCAGAGCAUCGGGAUAGAGCUCUUAGGCCGAGAAGAAAUAGAAGAAAUUCUAUUGAAAACCCGUGUGACUGAUCAGCAGGAUAGCACAGGGCUUAGAAUUGCUUACCAAGGAGUAGCUGGUGCGUACAGCGAGGCUGCAGCAAAGUUGGCCUGCAUAGACUGUGUUCCUAUUCCAUGUAGGUCUAUUGCAGCUGCUGUUGGGGCAGUUGAGAACGGGAAAGCAGACCAUGCCAUUGUGCCUGUGGAGAGCACGAUGGAGGGGAACAAGGUUCGAAAUUAUGAACUUUUACUAGAGAAAGGUUUGUACAUCACCCAAGAGAUAAAUUUAUUUGUGCACUACUGCUUGCUCGCAAUUCCAGGGGUGAAAAAGAGACAUGUUAAGAAGGUGAUGAGCCACCCGCUUGCACUAGCUCAUUGCAGCCAGGGCCUAGCAAGGCUUGGCCUAUCUGCUUCACAGGAAGCUGUUGAUGAUACUGCAGGCGCUGUUGAGAUGCUGCUCUCACAAAACAUGCUUGAUACAGCAGCCAUAGCCAGUCCACGAGCUGCUGAUCUCUACCGCCUGCAAGUCCUCGCACAGGGCCUGCAAGAUGAAUCAUGGAAUGUGACAAGGUUCUUGAUUGUAUCCAACAGCCAAACGAAAGUUAAGAAGAAAAAUACCCCAAAGACCAGCAUGGUCAUCACUCACCAAGGUGGUUUGCAACCAUUGCUGCGGGUUCUCUCAGCAUUCUCAUCACGAAAUAUCAAUCUGGCAAAGCUUGAAGUUAAGAAUUUCACAGCAGAACCUGUUAGAAUCUUGGAUGUUCGUGAUGGUUCGACUAAGGCCUUUCAACAUGUUUUCUAUGUUGAUUUUGAAGGAACUAUAGAUGACCCAAAGGUGAAGGAUGCAGUGGCUGAAAUUUCAAGCUUCUCCACAUUUACCAGGACCCUGGGCUGUUAUGCCUCAGAUUCCAAAAUCUAUGACCUACAUUGACACCUGCAUUGACGUCAUAAAUUCCUUCUGAUACUAAAGAGACAACUUCAAGGAUGGGAGAAAAGUGGACAUGAUAUUUGUAGAGUUUCAUCAGAUGCUAUCCAUUAAUAAGAGUUGCAAAGAGCUUUGACGUAUCUGUAAGUUGUAUAAAGAUGUAAAAAAUGCUGAUGUAAAACUAGUGCUCAUAUUUAUCAAUUGCCAUGCUUACCCCUUUUGUUUUGAUAGUAAAA